AUGCCAGGGGAGGCCGGCGCCGCGAGCGGAGGCCGAGGCUUCGAGAAUCGUUUUAACAGUGGCAACGCACGCCCCGCCACUGUGCCAGUUUCCGCCCAGCAGGAGGCUGCUUCCGCGCGAACGAGCGAAAGAGCGAGCGAUCAAACGGGCAAACCAGCAAACGGCCGCAUAGCCCCGACUCCAAGAGAGGGCAAAGGCCGAAUGCUCCUGGAGGAGGCGCUGUUUGGUAGCCAACCUGAAAGUUUGCAGGUGUUUGGUAGCCAACCUGAAAGUUUGCAGUUCCAGAGCUUUGCGGCUCCAGCUCCUCCCCCAGUUCGUGGUGGCAAGUCUACAGUGUUUUUAGAUUCUGCCGACUCUCCCCUUGGCUGUGCAGCUCCUCCCCCACGUCCUCGUGGCAACUGGGGAAUGUCUCCAGAUUCUGCCAAACAGUUUGGUGGCCAACCUGAAAGUAUUCAGCGUGCAGACAGCGACCCCCUGGUGGCCCUCGUGAGCAAGCAGAGGUUCGACGGCUCCUGGCUCCUUGAGGACGUGGCUGAGCUGUGCGGCGUUGCGUGCGCCGUGCUUAGGGAGAGGAAUCCAGCCAAGACGGAGGCGGCGUGGGCGACGGCCCUGGCGCUGGCCCUGCUGGAGAAGCGGCACGCGGAGGCGCGGGACCAGUGGAGUCUCUUGGCCACGAAGGCGCGGGCCUUCCUCUCGGGCUGCCAGGAGGACGCGCAGGCGCUUGCUGAAGCCGCCCGUGCGCUGCUGGAGGCGCGCCCAUAGGCUGUGUUCAUCUGGGUGCAUAGGAGGGACGGGGCUUCUUCCUUAAAGUUAGACACAGGAAACUAUUUUUAUGGAGCAAAUUUAUUGUCUUUUUUCUUGACACUUAAGCCGUGAUUUCACUCAAGACGCAGCGUCCGAGGGCCACCUCCCAUUUCCGUUGCCUUCGCUUACAUUCCUCGCAGGCUGACAUGCCCAAGCUCUAACAGAAUUCCCAAGACAGAGCAGACUACAAAUCCCGUCCAGCCGGCGAGGGAAGGAAGAGAGUCGGGCAGAGAGCGGCCGUGGUCUGGCGCCCACGGCUCCCCAGACGGCGUCGGAGAGUGGCCCUUUGAAUAAAAGGAAAGGAUGAAGUUAAGCUUCUUAUAAAAAUGGAUGGAUCUCCUUGAGGUCCAUAGUUACUAAGUAAUAUUUAGGAUAUGUAUUAUUCCUUUGAAGUGAACCAAUACUUAUUUCAUUCUUGUGAUUUUUACUAUUUGUCUGUGAUUACUUUUGUAAGUGAUGUCAAUAUUGCCACACUGAUUUCACAAGGAAUUUCACACGGAAUAUUUUUAGAUUUGAUUUAAAAAGGCAAGGACUAAUUUGUGUAUUUUAUGUGAUUUUUUUUUUUUUUCUGCAUUAUCAGACACUGCACCCAUAGCUUUAGUCUCCAAGUGUUGCCAUUUUUCCUGAAUAACUUUAAGCUGGAAGUUGAUUUGUAACACUGCUGCAGCAGAAAUGUUUAUUGCUGAAUAAAACUUAUGAUGUGAA